AUGCUGCUGGGGGAGGGGGGGGCAAAAGCUGUAGGGGAAGGCCAAGACUGCAGGGGAAGGCCAAGACUGCAGGGGAAGGCCAAGAGUGCAGGUCAAGGCCAAGAGUGCAGGUCAAGGCCAAGAGUGCGGGGGAAGGCCAAGAGUGCGGGGGAAGGCCAAGAGUGCGGGGGAAGGCCAAGAGUGCGGGGGAAGGCCAAGAGUGCGGGGGAAGGCCAAGAGUGCGGGGGAAGGCCAAGAGUGCGGGGGAAGGCCAAGAGUGCGGGGGAAGGCCAAGAGUGCGGGGGAAGGCCAAGAGUGCGGGGGAAGGCCAAGAGUGCGGGGGAAGGCCAAGAGUGCGGGGGAAGGCCAAGAGUGCGGGGGAAGGCCAAGAGUGCGGGGGAAGGCCAAGAGUGCGGGGGAAGGCCAAGAGUGCGGGGGAAGGCCAAGAGUGCGGGGGAAGGCCAAGAGUGCGGGGGAAGGCCAAGAGUGCGGGGGAAGGCCAAGAGUGCGGGGGAAGGCCAAGAGUGCGGGGGAAGGCCAAGAGUGCGGGGGAAGGCCAAGAGUGCGGGGGAAGGCCAAGAGUGCGGGGGAAGGCCAAGAGUGCGGGGGAAGGCCAAGAGUGCGGGGGAAGGCCAAGAGUGCGGGGGAAGGCCAAGAGUGCGGGGGAAGGCCAAGAGUGCGGGGGAAGGCCAAGAGUGCGGGGGAAGGCCAAGAGUGCGGGGGAAGGCCAAGAGUGCGGGGGAAGGCCAAGAGUGCGGGGGAAGGCCAAGAGUGCAGGGGAAGGCCAAGAGUGCAGGGGAAGGCCAAGAGUGCAGGGGAAGGCCAAGAGUGCAGGGGAAGGCCAAGAGUGCAGGGGAAGGCCAAGAGUGCAGGGGAAGGCCAAGAGUGCAGGGGAAGGCCAAGAGUGCAGGGGAAGGCCAAGAGUGCAGGGGAAGGCCAAGAGUGCAGGGGAAGGCCAAGAGUGCAGGGGAAGGCCAAGAGUGCAGGGGAAGGCCAAGAGUGCAGGGGAAGGCCAAGAGUGCAGGGGAAGGCCAAGAGUGCAGGGGAAGGCCAAGAGUGCAGGGGAAGGCCAAGAGUGCAGGGGAAGGCCAAGAGUGCAGGGGAAGGCCAAGAGUGCAGGGGAAGGCCAAGAGUGCAGGGGAAGGCCAAGAGUGCAGGGGAAGGCCAAGAGUGCAGGGGAAGGCCAAGAGUGCAGGGGAAGGCCAAGAGUGCAGGGGAAGGCCAAGAGUGCAGGGGAAGGCCAAGAGUGCAGGGGAAGGCCAAGAGUGCAGGGGAAGGCCAAGAGUGCAGGGGAAGGCCAAGAGUGCAGGGGAAGGCCAAGAGUGCAGGGGAAGGCCAAGAGUGCAGGGGAAGGCCAAGAGUGCAGGGGAAGGCCAAGAGUGCAGGGGAAGGCCAAGAGUGCAGGGGAAGGCCAAGAGUGCAGGGGAAGGCCAAGAGUGCAGGGGAAGGCCAAGAGUGCAGGGGAAGGCCAAGAGUGCAGGGGAGGGCCAAGAGUGCAGGGGAGGGCCAAGAGUGCAGGGGAGGGCCAAGAGUGCAGGGGAGGGCCAAGAGUGCAGGGGAGGGCCAAGAGUGCAGGGGAGGGCCAAGAGUGCAGGGGAGGGCCAAGAGUGCAGGGGAGGGCCAAGAGUGCAGGGGAGGGCCAAGAGUGCAGGGGAGGGCCAAGACUGGAGGGGAGGGCCAAGACUGGAGGGGAGGGCCAAGACUGGAGGGGAGGGCCAAGACUGCAGGGGAGGGCCAAGACUGCAGGGGAGGGCCAAGACUGCAGGGGAGGGCCAAGACUGCAGGGGAAGGCCAAGACUGCAGGGGAAGGCCAAGACUGCAGGGGAAGGCCAAGACUGCAGCGGAAGGCCAAGACUGCAGCGGAAGGCCAAGACUGCAGCGGAAGGCCAAGACUGCAGCGGAAGGCCAAGACUGCAGGGGAAGGCCAAGACUGCAGCGGAAGGCCAAGACUGCAGGGGAAGGCCAAGACUGCAGGGGAAGGCCAAGACUGCAGGGGAAGGCCAAGACUGCAGGGGAAGGCCAAGACUGCAGGGGAAGGCCAAGACUGCAGGGGAAGGCCAAGACUGCAGCGGAAGGCCAAGAGUGCAGGGGAAGGCCAAGAGUGCAGGGGAAGGCCAAGAGUGCAGGGGAAGGCCAAGAGUGCAGGGGAAGGCCAAGAGUGCAGGGGAAGGCCAAGAGUGCAGGGGAAGGCCAAGAGUGCAGGGGAAGGCCAAGAGUGCAGGGGAAGGCCAAGAGUGCAGGGGAAGGCCAAGAGUGCAGGGGAAGGCCAAGAGUGCAGGGGAAGGCCAAGAGUGCAGGGGAAGGCCAAGAGUGCAGGGGAAGGCCAAGAGUGCAGGGGAAGGCCAAGAGUGCAGGGGAAGGCCAAGAGUGCAGGGGAAGGCCAAGAGUGCAGGGGAAGGCCAAGAGUGCAGGGGAAGGCCAAGAGUGCAGGGGAAGGCCAAGAGUGCAGGGGAAGGCCAAGAGUGCAGGGGAAGGCCAAGAGUGCAGGGGAAGGCCAAGAGUGCAGGGGAAGGCCAAGAGUGCAGGGGAAGGCCAAGAGUGCAGGGGAAGGCCAAGAGUGCAGGGGAAGGCCAAGAGUGCAGGGGAAGGCCAAGAGUGCAGGGGAAGGCCAAGAGUGCAGGGGAAGGCCAAGAGUGCAGGGGAAGGCCAAGAGUGCAGGGGAAGGCCAAGAGUGCAGGGGAAGGCCAAGAGUGCAGGGGAAGGCCAAGAGUGCAGGGGAAGGCCAAGAGUGCAGGGGAAGGCCAAGAGUGCAGGGGAAGGCCAAGAGUGCAGGGGAAGGCCAAGAGUGCAGGGGAAGGCCAAGAGUGCAGGGGAAGGCCAAGAGUGCAGGGGAAGGCCAAGAGUGCAGGGGAAGGCCAAGAGUGCAGGGGAAGGCCAAGAGUGCAGGGGAAGGCCAAGAGUGCAGGGGAAGGCCAAGAGUGCAGGGGAAGGCCAAGAGUGCAGGGGAAGGCCAAGAGUGCAGGGGAAGGCCAAGAGUGCAGGGGAAGGCCAAGAGUGCAGGGGAAGGCCAAGAGUGCAGGGGAAGGCCAAGAGUGCAGGGGAAGGCCAAGAGUGCAGGGGGGAAGGCCAAGAGUGCAGGGGAAGGCCAAGAGUGCAGGGGAAGGCCAAGAGUGCAGGGGAAGGCCAAGAGUGCAGGGGAAGGCCAAGAGUGCAGGGGAAGGCCAAGAGUGCAGGGGAAGGCCAAGAGUGCAGGGGAAGGCCAAGAGUGCAGGGGAAGGCCAAGAGUGCAGGGGAAGGCCAAGAGUGCAGGGGAAGGCCAAGAGUGCAGGGGAAGGCCAAGAGUGCAGGGGAAGGCCAAGAGUGCAGGGGAAGGCCAAGAGUGCAGGGGAAGGCCAAGAGUGCAGGGGAAGGCCAAGAGUGCAGGGGAAGGCCAAGAGUGCAGGGGAAGGCCAAGAGUGCAGGGGAAGGCCAAGAGUGCAGGGGAAGGCCAAGAGUGCAGGGGAAGGCCAAGAGUGCAGGGGAAGGCCAAGAGUGCAGGGGAAGGCCAAGAGUGCAGGGGAAGGCCAAGAGUGCAGGGGAAGGCCAAGAGUGCAGGGGAAGGCCAAGAGUGCAGGGGAAGGCCAAGAGUGCAGGGGAAGGCCAAGAGUGCAGGGGAAGGCCAAGAGUGCAGGGGAAGGCCAAGAGUGCAGGGGAAGGCCAAGAGUGCAGGGGAAGGCCAAGAGUGCAGGGGAAGGCCAAGAGUGCAGGGGAAGGCCAAGAGUGCAGGGGAAGGCCAAGAGUGCAGGGGAAGGCCAAGAGUGCAGGGGAAGGCCAAGAGUGCAGGGGAAGGCCAAGAGUGCAGGGGAAGGCCAAGAGUGCAGGGGAAGGCCAAGAGUGCAGGGGAAGGCCAAGAGUGCAGGGAAGGCCAAGAGUGCAGGGGAAGGCCAAGAGUGCAGGGGAAGGCCAAGAGUGCAGGGGAAGGCCAAGAGUGCAGGGGAAGGCCAAGAGUGCAGGGGAAGGCCAAGAGUGCAGGGGAAGGCCAAGAGUGCAGGGGAAGGCCAAGAGUGCAGGGGAAGGCCAAGAGUGCAGGGGAAGGCCAAGAGUGCAGGGGAAGGCCAAGAGUGCAGGGGAAGGCCAAGAGUGCAGGGGAAGGCCAAGAGUGCAGGGGAAGGCCAAGAGUGCAGGGGAAGGCCAAGAGUGCAGGGGAAGGCAAGAGUGCAGGGGAAGGCCAAGAGUGCAGGGGAAGGCCAAGACUGCAGGGGAAGGCCAAGACUGCAGGGGAAGGCCAAGACUGCAGGGGAAGGCCAAGACUGCAGGGGAAGGCCAAGACUGCAGGGGAAGGCCAAGACUGCAGGGGAAGGCCAAGACUGCAGGGGAAGGCCAAGACUGCAGGGAGCCAAGACGCAGGGAAGGCCAAGACUGCAGGGGAAGGCCAAGACUGCAGGGGAAGGCCAAGACUGCAGGGGAAGGCCAAGACUGUAG